AUGGACGCGCGACCUCGAGCGGCGACGCUCGCUCGAGGGACCAACCCUCGCGCGCGACGUCGUCAGUUCGUCGCGCGCGGUGCGAUGCGCGCGAUUUCGCCGCACCGCGCGACGACAACGUCGGCAUCCGCACCGUCGACGCGUCGUCGCGCGCCGCGGGUCGCGCGCGCGUCGGCGCGCUCGCGCGUCGGCGCCGUCGGUGGGGCUGUCGCGCGUGACGAAAGCAUUGAACGCGGCGCGAGCGCGCGCGCGCGCGCGCGCGAGGCGGACGACGACGAGAGCAAAGACGAUGCGUGGGACGACGGUGCGUGGGACGACGACCCCGACGUGGACGCGAAGCGGAAGGAAUUGCUCGUCGAUACGUCGUCGUCGCCGCUGCGGGAAAUCUUCAGCGUCGAGGCGCUGCGAGACGCGAGCGAGAGUGGAACUCGACUCGAACGAGUCGUCGGCGCUGAAUUCGUGCCACAAGCGAUCAUAGAGGCGGAGCGGAAGUCGUCGCCGCUGAGACGGCCGAGGUUGGUGGUGUACGCGCUGAGCGCGAGCGCGGCGGCGGCGCAGGCGGUGAUGAUUGCGAUGGAGCCGGGGAGUUUUGAGUCGCCCGUGGCGAGCGCGCUGAGCGAUGCGUGCGUGAUGAUCAUAGGGAGUUUAUUAUGGCGCGUGGAGUUGCAGCAGAGGGCGGAUACGUUGAGGUUGAUUUGGGAAAAGGCGAAGGAGAGAGAGGAGAGCUUGACGCGAGCGGAGGCGGGGAUGGGCGAUACCAUUUGGACGGCGAGAGUGCGGAGAAAGGCGAAAAAGAGGGCGGAGGAACGAAGAGACGCCGACGACGCGGAUUCGUCGCCACCUUGA